AUGACAUCCAAACCGCAGUUCGAGAGUGGCCACGAGAUUCCGGUGUCGGGCCAGAGUUUCCCAGGUCUGGAGAGCAAAAUGCCCAACCCACAGCCACUAUUUGACGAAAUCCCGACCGAAGAUGGCAAGAGUCAGAAAUACAAGCCGGCCGAGAAACUAAAGGGCAAGAAGGCCAUCAUCACAGGGGGCGACUCGGGCAUUGGCCGUGCAACGGCUAUUUUGUUUGCCAUGGAAGGCGCCGACUCCCUUAUCGCCUAUCUUCCCGAGGAGGAGGAGGACGCCCGAGAGACCAAGAAGCGGGUUGAACAAUACGGGCAACAAUGCCAUCUACUGGCCACCGACCUGAGAGAUAAGGAAAACUGCAAGAGGGUGGUCGAUGAAGCAGUGAAGGUCUUCGGCGGCAAGCUAGAUAUCUUGUUCAACAACGCGGCCUACCAAAUGGUGGUGGAUGACAUCAAGGACCUUUCUGAGGACCAGUGGUUGCACACCUUCAACACCAACAUUCACCCCUAUUUCUUCCUGGCCAAGUAUGCGCUGCCGCACAUGAAACGGGGCAGCACCAUCGUCAACAAUGCCAGCAUCAACGCCUACGUUGGCCGGCCUGACCUCCUCGACUACACCUCGACGAAGGGUGCUAUUGUGUCCUUCACACGCGGCCUGAGCAACCAGCAGGUUGGGAAGGGUAUCCGGGUCAACGCCAUUGCGCCUGGCCCGGUCUGGACACCGCUGAUCCCGUCGACAAUGCCUGACAAGGCGCAGAAGCAGUUUACUAGCCCCAUGGGCAGGCCCUCUCAACCAAGCGAGAUCGCAACAUGUGUUGUUUUCUUAGCUUCGUUGGACAGCUCGUCCAUCAGCGGACAGACGAUUCACUGCAAUGGGGGCAGCAUUGUUAAUGGUUAG